CUGUGAAUCCACCAAGUGGUACUAGAGUAAAAUGUCACGCAGGCAUAACAGCGAAUAAACUAUCUCUAUUCGCUAAAAAUACAUUUUGUUGAUAAUAUUGUUUGUCAAAAGUGAGAAAUAUUCUCUUUGAGGAGAUGCAGUGCAAUGUUUGAUCAGGCAUUUAAAUUUUACAAAGCAAGAAAUCCACCCCCAAGUUUUGAAAACGUGAUAGAUCUUUGUAAACACGACGGAAACGGACUAGAUUCGCGGUUAAAGGACAUUUCCAGUUCUAUAGCUCAGAAUGUAAGCUUUCCCGGGAUCAUCAACAGUAGCUCCUGGCGUGUAUUCGAGUUAGUUGGCCGACCUGGCCUUCUAUUUAUCAGCAAUCCGUUUACGAAACGUGCUCAGCGGUAUUGGAUACGACGGAGUUUGUGUGACUAUCCACAGACUCCCAACCGCACCAACAUCCCAAACAGUGUUUUCGAGAAAUAUUCUGAUGGCCACGAGACGCAGUUCGAUUGGUGGAAUGUCGCGCAAUCCAUUGAAGAACCAACUGAGCGGAAUAAAUUCCUGAAAAGUCUUCGGUGGACAACUUUGGGAUAUCACUAUGAUUGGACGAAUAAAGUCUACGACGAUGCAGCAAGGGCAGAGUUUCCGGCUGAUUUGGCCAGCAUGUGCCACCAUUUUGCCGCGGUACUUGGUUUUCAGCAGUUUCAUCCGCAGGCGGCUAUAGUGAAUUACUACCCGGUUGGGAGUACUCUGGCGGGGCAUACCGACCAUUCCGAAAGGAACCUAGAGGCUCCGCUGUUUUCGUUCAGUUUCGGCCAACCGGCAGUCUUCCUGAUUGGCGGCCCCAGCAAGGACGAACGCCCGGAUGCAUUGCUUUUGCGGAGUGGUGACGUUAUCGUUAUGACCAGAGCUAGCCGCCUGUGCUAUCAUGCGGUGCCGAGAGUUUUUCCCGAUAGUGCCGAGCUGGUGCAACAGCUUUGGGCAGAGGAGCAAGAACAGCAAGAAGGACAAUCAUCAUUAGGGGGACCGGAAGUUCAAACUAUCGUGUGCAGUAGUAGCCCCAUUUCGACGACCGCCGUUUGGAACGAUUGCCGGUCGACGGGUUCGUCACAGCGUCAUCACUUCGUUGAUUACAUUAGUAAUAGCCGAAUCAACAUCAAUAUUAGGCAAGUUUUAAAUGAGGGAGAAAAUCAUCUGUAAGUGAGAGCCGUCUAGAGGGUUAAGGAUUUAAUGUGGCAUCAAAUUUUUAAAUUUCCUGCUAAAUGGGGAAAGUUUGUUGGAAAAUAGA